AAAACCCGUAAUAAAUCGGAGCGGAGGCCGAACGCCAAAAGAGCAGGGCGCGCACGUGUUCGUCGCCUCGCACGCGCGGAGAAACGCGCCGGAGCCACCAUCCCCCUAACCGGCGGGCGACGGAGGGAAGGAGGCCCGAGUUUUUAAUACGAAACCGCCACCUAACCGCUUGCUUUCGGGCUUCGGCUCUCACAUCCCUUCCCCAUUACCUUGGGUUUGUUGGAUUCGCCCUGCCUGCCUGCAACGCCCGCGUCCGAGGAGGAAGAGCCAACGGGCCACGCCACGCCACCAACCGGGGAAGGCACGGAACCAUUUCCUUGUGCUCGCCCGCGCGCCGGUCUCGUCUGCCACCGCGCGAUCCCGGGCGGGCAAGCCAGAUUGAGCCAAGUUUCCCUCCUUUUUAACUCGCGGAGUUUGUCAAAGGGCAUUUGGUGUUCCCAUAUUUAACGAGUGAUUUCACUAUGAAACCUGACUGGUCAAUUUUCUCCAAGCUUGACCGUAAUGGAGGUUACCUGCAUAAAUUCCCCAUAGACUCUCCAAUAUCUCAUGAUAUUGGGUUAGGACUGAUAUCACAGGUUGGAAACUUAGUUGAGUGUUCGUUUCAACAUCCAAGACAUAUAUGUGCUACCGGGAGAGGAGCAGUUCAGGAAACAUUCAGCUGUUUCAACAAGUUUGCUGGAGCUUUCUAUUUCUGGUUUUCUAGAGCGUCGAAUCCUAAGUUAUUCCACAAGCUGUCAGCUGUUGCAGGCUCAAGUUCAAGAGCCUGCCGGUCACAUAUAAAGCAAGCGACCUCUUGCCUGCAGCAUUUACCUGGAUUGCGAUUUGGUUCGCAAUUAAGGGAAGAGCAUGCUAUACGAAUGCUUCUAGCGAGGCUUGCAAGUGCAACUCUCGGACAACUGUGGAAUGAGGUAGAGGAGCGCCAUGCCUGCAAUGUUCUUAUGCUAGCUGCUUCUACUGUAAUACCACCGUUUGAAAACAUAUCGCCGAAGAUGCUUGCUGAGUCAAUGGCAUUAAGAAAAGAUGGUGGCCGUAUCCGAGAACCUGUAGAACAGCCUUAUUUGGACGAAAAACAUCCAGGUUGUGCUUGUGUUGCUGUGCCAAGAGCCAUUUUGCCAGAAGAUGCAAUGGAACCAAAAACUGGGAUCAAGUUCCCUACUCUUCUUGAGUACAAUUCCAAUAUGACUGCAGAGGUGCUUGUUGGGAUGGGUUUCAGAAGCAUGCGAAUAAUGAGGGUCAAAAAUCUGAAUCUUUAUGCCUUUGGAUUAUAUAUACAGCCGGAUUCUAUUUGCAAGAAGCUGGGUCCAAAGUAUGCUUCGAUCACAGAUGAUGAGCUGAAGGAUCACCCAGAUUUCUAUGAAGAUCUUCUGAGGGAAAAUAUUGACAUGACAGUCAGGCUAGUUGUAAGCUACAAUGGCCUCAGCAUUGGCACAGUUCGUGAUGCAUUUGAGAAGUCUCUUUGCUUCCGAUUGCAAAAGAUGAAUCCUAAUACUGAUUAUCAUUGCUUGAAGACAUUUGGUUCAUAUUUCAGUGAAGACAUUCGUAUACCUGCUGGUACAAAGAUCGACUUCCGUCAAACAUCUGAUGGCCAGCUGAUUACUGAAAUUGAUGGCAAACAAAUUGGCACUGUCCAGAGCAAAGAUCUUUGCAAGGCUUUCUUCGAUAUGUAUAUUGGUGACCCACCUGUUUCUGUGGAGACUAAACAAGACAUUGCGCAGAAUGUGGCUGGACUCAUGAGAAGAUGCUAAGAGAAAGGAGAGCAAAAUGGAAGACGGGUGGGAAUUAUUUCAUUCAUCUAUACAGGGGGACAGUAGCAUAUAUAGACAGGGAAUUAGGAGAGGAUGAAGUGCAUGUACAGUUAUAGAUCUGUAAUUUGUAAACUAAACAGGCAAAAAUUGCUACAAACACAGGCUUAGCAUCCUUCUGGGCAAAUGCCUCCAUGCUUUUCAUAUGAGUUGGCAUUUUGCCGUUUUCUGACCACUUUAUUA